AACAUACCAAGAAGACAUUAUUAGGAAUUGAAGCCUAGCUUGUGCUACCUCAUUCAACCCAAUCGUCAUAUCCUUAUCUUUAGCCCAAUUAUGAUGAUGAGAAAGGAUUUGAUUGGUCUAUGUGUCAGUUGUGUGAAAUUUUGCAUUACAAAAUCCCACGGAGUUGAUGUUACCAAAAAGUUGAAUACAAAAGAAAGAAAAAGGGAAAUAAAUGGAGGGGAAAAAUUAAAAAAAAAAAAACAAAAACAAAAAAGCAGAGACGCGGUGGGGGCCCAACAUGCUUUAUUGGGCUUCUUCCUGUUCGGCCUUGUUAAAGCUCAUUUCCAAGAUCUUGGCCUAUAUGCCCGUACAAGCCAAGCCCCAGUUCAUGGGCCUAAAAUGCAAUCAAAGAGCGAAGUCGACUCGGCCCUCUCCACGCGCUUACUCAGGUGGGGAGACGUGGGUUCCAUACUACCGUGUGGAUGGAGCGUCGAGCGGCGCGUGGUAGAAGGCGCACUGGGUUAGCAAUUGUACGUAGUUAGAUAAGGUAACGACUACUUUGGCGACAAGGGAGAACAUUUCUGGGUGGUUCGCGAACUGGGAGGUAUUAACCACGGCCGAAUGGACAGAGAUCCGUCCUACUAGUGGUGGAUAAAUAUGGCAACGGCGACACGUGUCCCAUUGGUCUCAACCACCUCUUCAAGACUCCGACAUUGCCAUCAAUCGAAUUGGGUGGAGUCUUCAUUCCCAUUAAGACGACAGCCAGGCAGUUACAGGCUCUUUAAUAAAUCCCUCUGUUAUUCUUCUUCUUCUUCUUCAUCCUCAUUUCUUGCAACAACUAACAGGAGGGGUUUCAGAAGACUUGGAGUUGUAGUUUCAGCAGCAAUGGCGGAUUUGCCCACAGUUCUUGUUACCGGUGCCGGCGGUAGAACAGGCCAAAUAGUUUAUAAGAAAUUGAAGGAGAGGGCAGACCAGUUUGUUGCCAGAGGUUUGGUCAGAACAGAGGAGAGCAAGGAGAAAAUUGGAGGAGCCGAUGAUGUUUUGGUUGGAGAUAUAAGGAAUGCUGAUAGCAUUGUUCCUGCAAUCCAAGGUGUUGAUGCUCUCAUAAUUCUCACAAGUGCUGUGCCUAGGAUGAAACCUGGGUUUGAUCCAACUAAAGGUCAAAGGCCAGAGUUUUAUUUUGAAGAAGGAGCCUUUCCUGAGCAGGUUGACUGGAUUGGGCAAAAGAAUCAAAUAGAUGUUGCAAAAACUGCAGGAGUGAAGCAUAUUGUGUUGGUUGGGUCUAUGGGAGGAACAGACCUAAACCAUCCCUUGAACAGCUUGGGAAAUGGGAAUAUCCUGGUUUGGAAGAGAAAAGCUGAACAGUAUUUAGCAGACUCUGGAAUACCUUACACAAUUAUAAGGGCUGGAGGCUUACAAGAUAGAGAAGGUGGCAUCCGGGAAUUACUUGUUGGCAAGGAUGAUGAGCUUCUUAAGACAGAAACAAGGACCAUUACUAGGAAUGAUGUUGCAGAAGUUUGCAUUCAGGCACUCCAGUUUGAGGAAGCCAAAUUCAAGGCAUUUGAUCUGGCCUCAAAUCCUGAGAGAGUUGGUACACCAACGAAGGAUUUCAAGGCACUUUUUUCCCAGAUCAGUACUCGAUUUUAAUCAACAAUUGCCAUAAUUAUAAAUGGAGGACCAUUUUGAAUUUAAGACUGUGAUUCACCUUUGGACUGUAACAGACACAUAUUGCUUUGAGGAAAGAAACACAAGAAGCAGAACUAAGAAGUUAUCUGAAUGUGCAUGGGCCUUGAGCCAAUGCAUUUAUCAAGAAUAAGUUGAGUGCUAUCAAUUAGCAUAUCAUAAUCAGAUGCCUCUGAAAAUCUUAUUGAUGAACUUAUCUUCAAUUGUAUGUGUUAUAUUGAUGCUUGAGAUAAGAGUCAGUGCGACUGGCAGACUUGCAGUAUGUAUCCAUUAUCUUAUGUGAUUUAUGAAUCAAAGAAUAUGACCUGGAUUCUUAAA